GUGGAGUCUCGCUUCCCGGCUCGGUCAAAGCUCGUGAAUUUGAGUAAUAAUGGUUAAUGGUUUACUCAUAUGCAUCAUAACAUGUUUGUUGAAAUGUCCGAAUGGACUUUUGGUUUUUGGGAGCUUGUCGAGCCGAACUCAAGCUGCAGACCGGGUUCAUUGAGAAUUCCUAAAUAAGUCCUAUCAUUCCUUUUAUUUGGAUUUUUCCAGCCCUAAUUUCACUGACUUCAUCACUAUCACUGUCACUCUCUUUCUUUCUUAAAACUCCAUAUCCAAUCAUCCUCCAAAAAAGCCUCUACCAAUACAGAUCUCUGCCGACCAACGUUGGAUCUCCUUCCAUCCUUUCACCCCUUUUUCCAUUUACUGUCUUCCCGCUUCAGGAGCUUAAAUCUGAGUGUUUUUGAGCCAUCGGAUAGCUGCUGCUGCCAUCCCCGAAGCCAAUAGCAAUGCGGAAGAGAUGGAGAGGUUGUUUGGGUGGGUUGUCUUGUUUUGGCAAGCAAAAAGGUGGAAAACGUAUAGUCCCUGCAUCUCGUAUUCCUGAGGCAAAUUCGACACAAAAUCAGCCUAAUGGAGCACAAGUUGGAGGUUUGAGCAAUCAGAACGCAGCAUUAUUAGCUCCGCCAUCUUCACCUGCUUCAUUCUCGAAUUCGGCGCUCCCAUCUACAGUACAGUCGCCCAGCUGUUUCUUGUCGGCAAAUUCACCUGGGGGUCCUUCUUCCAACAUGUAUGCCACUGGUCCUUAUGCCCAUGAAACUCAACUGGUAUCCCCUCCUGUUUUCUCAACCUUCACUACUGAACCAUCGACUGCUCCUCUCACACCGCCUCCCGAAUUAGCACAUCUUACCACCCCUUCUUCCCCGGAUGUACCAUAUGCCCAGUUCCUGACAUCUUCUGCUAGUUUUAAGAAUGGUGGGAAGACUAAUUAUGUUGCUGCUAAUGAUCCACAAGCAGCUUACUCACUUUUUCCGGGAAGUCCUGCAAGUGCUCUCAGAUCUCCUGUUUCAAGGGCAUCUAGAGAUGGUUUAUCAUCAUCUUUCCCAGAUAGAGAAUUUUCACCACAAUGGGAUCCUUCAUCCGUUCCUCAAGAUACUACAUUUGCAAGGUCAGAAUCUGGGAGGCUGUUUGGGCUUGAAGCAAGUGGUGGAUCCAAGAAGCCUCAAGACUCAAAUUUCUUCUGUCCAGCAACAUUUGCUCAAUAUUAUCUGGAUCCCUCUUCGUUUCCGCAGUCUGGUGGUAGGUUAAGUGUCUCUAAAGAAUCAGACGCUUACUCAAAUGGAGAGAACACCCAUCAGAAUAGGCAGACCAAGACUACUAAACAGGAUGUUGAGGAAUUAGAAGCUUACAGAGCCUCUUUUGGCUUCAGUGCUGAUGAAAUCAUCAUAACAUCUCAAUAUGUUGAGAUUUCUGAUGUCUUGGAGGAUUCAUUUAGCAUGACACCAUUUCCUUCAAGCAAGCAUCUUGAAGAUGAAAAUGGUUUACAUGCACCAAGAAUUGAGGAAGCAAAGGCAGAGAAAAAACAGAAGGAAAGUCCAGAAUACUUCAAACCUGUAUUAAAUCCAAUUGUUGUUGAGAGAAAAGUGCAAGUUUCAAGCAACAGACACGAAGCUAAUGUCCCGGGGAAGCAUUCUAGUGACUAUUCAGCCCGAAGUGCAUCAGGGGCUCACAUUCUGAGUGAUGACGAGGACAUCUUUUCUAAGAUGGGAGCUUCCCGAAUUAAUAGAAAAUAUCAUCUUGGUUUGUCAAGCUCUGAUGCAGAAAUUGAGUACAGGAGGGGGAGAAGCUUAAAGCAACGAAAAGGAGACUUUGCAUGGCAUGACUAACUGUCAAGAUUACCGGAGCACCAACUGCAUCUCAUAUUUAUUAAUCAGAGCUUGCAUUUUGUAUUUAAUUGGGGGGUUUUCUUUAGUAGGUAACCUAACCUUUGAUCUAACCCCUUUCCCUCGCGCUCUUUCUUGUGUGUUUGUAAUGUCUCUUGAGUCGUGUUACGUGUCCAGUUAUAGUAUGGAGCAAAUAUUAUUUACUUGGGGUGUAAGUUGUUAAGGAACGCUUCUGUCUGUAAAUGUUCAUGUAUGGAAUAUAUAUAUCAUCUAUCAUGUGCCACCCUAUGAAAAGGGUUAUUGGCCCUAGGUUUCCUCCAUGUAUCUGUUUGAUUACUUAGAGGUCUUUCAAUACCAAGCAGUAUUGGAAAUUUCUGUUACUGCCAUCUGCAGUAGUAGAUCAACUGGAGGCAUCAUAAACAUAUCA